GUCAUAAAUUGUCUUGGUUGGGGGGUGCGCCUGUCUAUUUGCUCGUAGCAUAUUUUCCGAUAAAAUCAUCUGAAAAUCCUUGAACCAUGCGAGGACUAUUAUUAAAUUGUGUGUAGAUUAUUUAAUUGUACCUGCAAGCAUUUUUAUAAGAACUCAGUGCUAGUGUAUAAGUGCAUUUUGCUCGGUCCUAAACGUUUUGUGACAUGAGCCAUCCUCGGGCAGACACUAUUUGCCCACCAGCUCACCUGAGGGUGAUGCUGCCGUCGACUUUAGAGAUGCCUCCGCCUUUCUUUGACAUUAACAGUGUAACGGAGAUUCCGCCACCCCAGGCGGACUUCUCCGCUCCACCUCCGUACGAUGUGGCGGCCAACUCCAAGCUGCCCACUUACGAGGAGGUGCAGCGGGAGAAACAGAUGGAGGGGGAGGGCCCGAUGCCACAGGUGCAAGGCCCGCCGCCCCAUCACCCGACGUUCGCCGCCUUCGUGACAGUUGAACCGACUGAGGCGUCUGCAGAACAGCUCGACCCCGAGAACAGUCUGCUGGGCACUGAUAUCAUGUUCCUGACUUCGUUCUUUGUGGCAUUCCUGUUCAACUGGAUCGGUUUCCUGCUGCUGAUGUGUUUCUGCCACACGGUGGCGAGCCGCUACGGUGCAUUGGCCGGCUUCGGUCUGUCGUUGGCCAAGUGGACUCUCAUCGUGAAGCACUCCACCGAGCUCGCGUCCCACGAGAACUCUUGGCUGUGGUGGCUCAUCAUGGCCUUCGGUAUUUUAAUCUGUGUGCGCGCCAUCAUCCAAUACCUAAACAUCAAACGUGGUUGGCGCCUUCUCUCUGGCACGGCGCAAGAGCGACUGCUGUUCUUCUACUAAACACCACCCCUCUCGCUCUCACAGCGCUCGCCACGCUGUGCGGGAAAGAGAUGGAUAUACGUCUAUUUGUUCGUGUAGCUCAUAGGGAUAGCGUUUUCUCGUCUCUAUGCUAGUGACAUGUUUGAUUGCUUUCGUUAAUCGUUACUAGUUAACGCCAUAGAUGUGACUAAGAACUUUAUUCAUACAGUUUUGACAAACAAAAUGCUAGGUCUAUUAUGGCUACAUUAUUAUUAAAAAAAUAUGUUAUUAUUGACAUCAAUUUAUUAAUUAUUUAUUUUUUAAUUCAUUUAUGCGUUGGAUAUAGAAAUUUCAUAACAUUGUGUCAAUUGUCUUCAGAAUUCAUCGUAUAAUGUAGCCAUUUUAGUCGUAUUGGUCUGUGUUCUUAUGACAUUGACACUGAAGUAUGCGUCCUGUUUAUGAAUAAGGUGCUUUGAUACUUUGCAAUGAAGACUAUUUUUGUAUGUCAGAUUCAAGUUAUAACGUCCUUAUCCAGUGGAACGAAAUAAUGGGGCCGUUUGGCGGAAAAAAGCGCUUGUAAGCAAAAUGGGGAUCGCUAAGCGGUAAGCGCUGCUAAAAAAUGAGUUGAAACGCGUCAAUAUUGAAGUUUUUUUUUCCGGUUUUUGGCUUUACACGGCUUGUGUGUUGCCAUUUGUCGAAAUAUUGAAGUUAGCAAACGUGUCCUCGGCGAAAACUGCCGUAGCGAUCGCCAUUUUGGUUUAAAGCGCUUCCAAGCGCUUUUAUCCGCCAAACGCACCCAAAGUCUAUGCUAAUGCUAACUUCAUACAUCACUCUCUAUAUUGAAAGGAUUGUUGUCUGUCGGUCUACUCUACGAUGAACAGUACAAAUUGUUGUUUGUUUACAUCUGGUUGUGUUAUGAAGACAUGAAACUCCAGGUAUUGAAUUUCAGACUUAUUUCGUCAAUUAUUUAGGUCCUAAAUCCAUUUUUAAAGGUUAGAAAAAUCCCACAGAUGUUUUUUAUGUUUAUUGAAAUUACUUUUUCUCUUGAAAGCGUUCAUUAUUAUAUUUUCAGUUCAUAAAAAAUAACAUCGACUGACAUUUAAGAGGCUACUCUCAAGAGUUAAAAAUUAAAAGUAUUUUUUGAAAUUCAUAUUUAUUUGAUGCGUAUUCUCAGCCUGAAAUUAAAAUCUGGAGUUACGGAUUAAUUUUAUAUCUUUAACUAUAAGUAGCUCAACUUUAUUUGUGAAUAAUCUGAAAAUUAUAUUAAAUAGAUUUACAAAAGAAAUAUUGUAAAGGUAAAUAAUGUACUUAUACAAGUAUGUAUGUUUUUAUUAUAUUUGCGGGUUAAGAUUUUAUUUUAUUUGUAUUUUUUGGGUGCUUUAAAACAUCUUUUUUUGAUUUAAGUGUAAUUAUUAUUAGACUCGAAUUAUAAAUUUGUGUAUUAUAAUAAUGAUGUAUUCAUAUUGAUACGUGGGUAUGAUACGGGCCAAGAUCACAUCGCGGUAUCAUACAAACAUCACACACCCCAUGCACGCUACGUAUUAAUGUGGGUAUACCUUAUGCUGCAAUUGAGUGGGGAUCAUUCCAUAUACCCAUAUAUGGUGCAAGUACACUAUGCGGGAAAUUGAUCGAAACGUAUAGUGUAAACACGCACUUCGGUUAGUUUCGCCGUGAGUCGCCCAUACUUCGGUGUGCCGGGCUCGCGCUUCGUUUUGGUUUUCCCGUAUAGUGUACUUGCGCCAUAGAUUUUAUCUCGAAAGUCUGAUUCGAGUUCCUUAUUUUCAUUUUCAUGACAUUGUUUAUGAUAAGUAAUUGUAAUGGAAUUACAUAUUUUAAUACUUAUUUUAACAAUCCCGUACGAUAUAGUUCAGACUUUCAUUUUCAAAUACAAUACGUUCUCCAAAGGUACAUUUAUACAAUGUUUGUGAUUUGUUAAAAUCGAAUCUGUAUUUUUACAAAAUGGGAUUCUUUCAUAUUUCAGUAACAUUGUGUAAAUGAUCCUUUAAAUCGUGUGUGAAACAUACAUUAUUAGUUGAUUUAAUUUAAAUCCUAGAGCAGUUUAAUGAUAGCGUGUAAUAUAAGUCUGUAUUUGAUACAUAAUAUAAUGAUCUUGUCAACGCAUUGUAUUGAAACGAUUUUUGUGUAAUUAUCACCGCUUUGUAAAUUGUAAGAGUAAAUUAAAUGUAUUUGGAAUAGCUGGAGUUUGGAGUAAAGACGGCUUUUACCAGUUCUCGCACCAAAAUGUCGAUAUCAAAUUAUUAGUGGAUUGAAACAUUUUAUUUUUUUAGUGCAAUAACGUCUAGUUCAGAUAUUUGUAGAUGAAAUAAAUAUGUUAUUUUCUAUUCGUA